AGAGGAGCAGGAGGAGGCAGGAAACCCAGAAAUUUAACUUAAGGUUUAAAUUUGAUGACUAUGCUGUCAGAGAACUGAUGUCAGCAUCUGCAGUCAGUCACAUCCAAAAAAUGGUUCAGUUAUCCAUUAACUGAGAAGUGAAACCUCAACAUGUGAGCAACCUGACCAUAAACACUGAAAUAAAGCUAGGUGGUUUGGAAACAGCCCCUCUGUCAUCAGCAGAAGUUUGUUUGAUACCCUGAUAGAUUUUUUUUUAGAGGAUUUGAAAAACAGUGGCUAGAUCCUCAAACUGAUCACUAUACAAACCAGCAGCAGCUGAACUGUCAAUGUGCCAAACGUGAGCGGUGCAAGGGUGUGUGUUUGUCGUGAGUGGGGAUGGGCGUGAGACGGUUGUUCCUGGAGGUCUGAUUCUUGGAAGUCUUGAAGGAGGGGCGACCUUUGACCUCACAGUUAUGUGCAGGGUCACAACCUCACACACACACACACACACACACACACAGCAGAGCAGGGGAUUACUUCUGCUUUUCAGGCGUAUUUACCUUGUGUGCUGAUUUCGCUGACACUCUUAUCCAUGCAGACUGGAGAUAAGUAGCAGAAGGACAGCAUUUUGGGGUUUCUUUACAAUGAAUAAUAAACAUAAAAAAUAUGACAUUAACCUAAAUAAAGUUGAAUUUAGUCUUAUUCUUACACCAAGUUUUAAGAUUUGAUUGAAGAAGUGGAGGCAGGAAGACUGAAAAUCAUCUUAGUAACUGUUAUUUUUAAGUAAACCAGUUAAACAUGUUUAAAUUUCCAGAACUUUUAUUUUAUUUUGCACUUUGCACUGAUAUCUGCAUUCAUUCAACAUAUAGUGUUGCAGCUCCAUCAAGUUUGACUUACAUUUUUCUUUUAUUUCUGCAGAUUAAUCUGUUCAAGUCUCAUCAUUUAAUUCUCCUCCUCAGGCACAGAGACUGACCUAAUCCCCAAAUUAAGAAUAAUGUUGGAGUCCAAUCUGCUCAGCUUUGGUGUCCAUCGAGACCUGUUCAGAAAAGGACAGCCCAAUCAAAAACAGAAAAGUAUUUUCUUUGCAUUAAAACAAACUGCAGUCAAAUAAAGCGAUUGAUCGAAAUAAAGUGUUUUGAAAACAAUCCACAGACACUGAAAAUGCUUGAGCAUGAAAACCAGGCCUAUAUGUGGAGGUAAGUGGCAUCUGUGCACAAAGGUGUUUGUUUACAUAGUGGUGAAGACAGACAAAUUAGAAGUUGGUUGCACGUGCACGCUUGUAUCAAAUCAACACUCUCUUGUGGGGCCUAACAGGCUCCUACAGUCAAAACUCUUCCGUCAUUAUUGUGAAACUGAGACUCACAGUCAACAGAGAAAUAAAGCCAAUGUGUGAUGAACUACUUACAGAUAAACUGAUACUUAUCAAAAACAGAUGAAUGGGCUCCACUUAAGAAACAACUGUUUACGUUGCAGACAUAUCUGGGAGGGUGAGUCUCAGUUUCACAGUUUAUAGUGAGGCUUUCUUCAAAGUAUGAACUUGAAAAAGAAGGUGGUUUUUCAUGGUUGACUUGCAUUUAACGGGCCUCAAGUUUGGUGCAGUAAGCAAGUGAAACAUCUGUAUAACUUAGUAUGUACAGUAAAACUGAGACUCACCAUAAACAGAUGAAAAAAGCUCAUGAAACGCUAAAUAUUUACAGUAAUGCUUAGACUAACCAGGCAGCAACAAAUUAAUGAGCUGUACCACAGGGGAUGACGUUAAACAAGAGGUUACAAGUGGAAGGUUUAGUCUCAGUGUCACUGUUGAUAGUGACAUACACAGAGGUCUCACUCAGGCUUGCUCCAGCUAUAUUAAAUACAUAUACAAUACACAUACAAAAAGGAAGGUGUUAACUUUCAGGAUCUCGUAUUUGCGUAAGUAAGCCAGAGUAAAUUUACAGUGUUACUGUUUUCGGUGAAACUGAAACUCACAGCAAACAGAUGAACAGAGCCUCUGUGUAUCUUACUAUUUACACUGAAGCUAAGACUCGAACGCUGUGUUCCAAUAGUCCUCGGAAGUCACUUGGAAAGUCGGACGAUCCUCGCCAACCCCGACUUGACGACAACGUCAUAAUUCAAGAUGGCAGCGCAGUGCAUCAACAGUAAAGAGCAACAGUGAAAGCUCUCAUAAUGUAUUAUUUAUUAGCACUUCUGUUUUGUUUUUGUGAAAUUAAAUAAGAGACGUGUUGUAUUGCCAACGUCUGACUGUGAUCACAGUGCUCUGGUGUUUGUCAGAGUAAAAUACUGUGUUAUGCGUUGUUUACAACUGGUAUCGCUGACAACAACAAACAACCGCUGACAACGGCUAACGACAGCUGACAGUUGGAAACAACAGCUAACAACAGGUAAUUGUGGGUGUCCAUCUAAGUUUUCUGACUUGUUAACUUUAACGCCAUCAACUUGGGUGUAGCGUCAUUCCCUGCUCCAACAACCAACAUCCGAGGUAACUGGGACGCAGCAUUAGCAAACACAUGGAUGGGCACCACUCCAGGGGAUGUAAAUAAACUAAGAAAUAUUGUAGACACAUCUGGAGACAUGAGUCUCAGUUUCACUGUUAAUGAGCUACGGAGAGCUGUCACUCAGGUAUACUGCAGUGGGGUAAAGCUGAUUUCCUUAUGAUUGAAUAGAUCUUCAGUUUGUUUUGGUAAGCCAGAGUGAACUCUCUCUGUACUAUUAACAGUAAAACUGAGACUCAUUAGAAAGAAAAGAGUAAGGUGGUGUUGUGAACCAAGAAAUGAUGGCAUUAAUUUGCAGACACCUGGAGGGGUGAAUUUUGCCUCACUUUUCAUCUGAACUCACAGUCACCUCUCAAGUUGUUGUUGAACUUCACAAUGCAGCACUCAGAAAAGGAAGUCUAUAAGUGGAAGGUGGUAGACCACUUUCUACAGUAGAAAUACAGAGAAGUUGACCAUUGUUCUUCGAUUCAUACAUCAUUGUUGAACAAAAACCAACAGGUUCAAAUAUCCUGUUGAAGUCAUUAGAGAGAUUAGAUGUUGAUGAGGUUUUAGUUUUGGAGUGUUUUGUAUGCUGAUGAUGACCUUGUGUUGUUUGCUGGAGUCUGGACGCUGUAGACACAACACACAUCACUGUUGUUUCUCCCGACAUCAGCAACAAGUGAAGCUGGAAGUGUUUGAGCUGCUUCAUUGUCUGUGAUGUUCACUGAAAUAGUGUGACAGUGAAGAGAAAGAAAGAAAGGAGCAGCCACCUUCUUUCUUUUUUUCUUUCUUUCUCCCUCUAUGCUUUGCCGUGUCUCCGAUCCCGAGUUUUCUUGCAGGUUCUUCGCUCUGACUUCAUGCUGCAAACAGCUGCCUGGGCUGAGCUUGGUCCUCUCUGUUUUCCUCCCUGCACAAGUCUGGGAGUGUUUUCUGCCUGGAAACCGUUUUUCAUGGACAGACCGCCUGUGUGUUUUCCCUCUUUCCUUUUUUUUAUUUCACAACCCCACUGAACUUGAAAAUGAAAAUGAACUCACGUCACCCCUGCCUGCUGCCAGAUCCUGCUUUUGUCCCAGUUUUCCUCUCUGAGAGUCUGUGCUGAGUUUACUCUCGCUCUCUCUGCAGACAGUUAUAGAAGCAGCAUGUUGAGCUAACUCUCUUUGAAUAAGGAAGCUGUUUAUCUGGUUUGUGGACGAGCUGCACGCAGAGGCAGGCCGCCACUGCCACUGAGAGGUGUUCUGAGGGCGAGUGGGUGAGCUGAGGCUGACCGAGAGAGGACUUUUCUGCUCUCAUUAGACACUGAUAGAUGAAGCAUCACAUCACACACAGCUCUUUGUCUCCCUCUUUCUCAGACUAGAUGACGUAUCACCCACCCUCACCUCCACCUCUACCUUCCUCACCCCCGUUUGUUGACGAUGAUGAUGAUGGUGGUGGCUCGACCUCCAGGCUCCUGCAGCAGCUUAAAGGGUUAACAUGCAGCCACAACAAAGAAGCCGGUGCUGGGCCGGCGUGUGCACGAGUGUGAGGGAAUGGGGGAGGAAAGGGGGGAGGAGGGGGGUGCUCCGGCUGCCUUCUCGCCCCGCCCUGGACUUCUUUAUUGGAGAGGCUGUUUACAACCUCGACGCAUAGGAGUCCCCGGGUUCAUCGGCCCGAUGGGGAGGGGGUGAGGAGGAGGAUGGGGGAGGAGGAGGAGGAGGGGAGGUGGUUGGUCUCACAAGAGAGCAGGGAGGAAAAUGGUACAGGAAGAAGACAAUAAUGAAAUAUGUUGAGGGCCUCAGAGCUACAGGAUGUCUUUCUGCCUUUGUUUGGUCCAUCACUUCUUCGUUCUUUAUUCUCCGUCUUUGUUUCUGUCUCUUUAACAGCUUUUAAAGUCGAUGCAGCACAUGAAGAAAAGAAAAACCGCGUGGACUUUACUCUGCUGCAGCCAGUCCUGCAUUUCUACUCUGUCGAGACAUGCAACAGGGUCACUUUGUUUCUUUUUCAUGUCUUACUCUCCAUGUUUCAUCACACAGAGCUUCAGAUUUGUCUGUAACCCUUCUGGUGAAAUCUGUCUAUAAAACAACCUGCACAUUUUCAUACUCACUUCUUAUCUUAUCAAAGUCUUUGUGCAGUUUAUUCUCUGCUAACUGUGGACAGACUUGCCUGUUGUUUAUAAUCUGCUGUAGUUCACACACUCCUCCCAUCCCCUCCUCCACACACUCUUGUUUACAUCUACAUUUUACAUGAAACUCUAUCGUCUGUCAUUGUACAGUAGAUUUAUAAAAAAGAAAAAAGCCAGAAGAAAGAAGAAGGAAGACUUCAUGGUUUUACAGCUGAUAUUAUCAGCUUGUUUCACAUUACCUUGACAUUGGGUGUUGAAUUUUGUUUCUAGUUUUUCACAUUUAGGAACCAGUUGGCGUGCUAUUUUUUGCUCAAAUGUUUUUUUAAUGACCAUUUUGGGUAAAUAUUACCAAUAAUGAAGCAACUUACUGACCUGCUGUUCAGAAUACAUGAAAAUGUGUUUGAGUAUCUUGCUUUUUGUAAAGCCAAUAACUCCCAGUUUGACAGAUUUCAGUAUUAUUAUCCACCUUAGCUGAUUAUAGUGGUAAAUAUCUAACAUUUAUGUGACUAUUUGUAUUAGUAUUUUAUUCUAUAAAUUACUAAUAGGAUUAAAAAUGUGCUACUUUGGCUUUCUUUCUUGGUCUAUUUUCACUCACCGCUGUGUCUCACUUGAUGCCCCGCCCAUAACACAAUCCGAUUGGCUGGAUGUACAAAGACUGCGUGAUGUAACUAAACUAGCUUACUGUAACUACCAUUCAAAACAACGACGGUUCCAGGCAUUAAACAAAGUAUCGUGAAGGAGUUUGUAAUUUUUAAUUUUUAAAAACUUGAUGGUAAGUUUUUCAAUUUUACUUUCAGUAAAAAUCAGUUUUAAGUGUGGGUGGUAAUUAAGCUUAUGAAUAAAAAAAAAUGGUUUAAGUGUUGACCCCACAAAAUCAAUAUCUGAUGACUCUUACCACAAAAAUAAGUAAAACAAAAGUUCAUCUGGAUAAUUACAUCUACAGUUGACAGUACAUUUGAAGUGUGGCUUUUUAUUUUAUUAUAAUGUUUGCUAUUCAGAGUCUAUGUUUGUUUUGAACUGUUAUUGGUGUUAACAUUCAAAAUGGAAGAGAUAAUUGUUUUCUGAAUAUGCUUUUAAUGGUUUAUGAAAACAACUAUGUUUCAUUACAAAUCUUUUGUUUUGCUUUGUGCCUGCCCUUCAAGAUUUAAGCAUAUGUGUUUCAAGCUUUUAGAAACACUGUAAUCAAUGUCAUUGAUUAACCACUCUGUUGCAUAGGCCAAUUGCACAUACAUUUAUUUAUAUCAUACAGCACUCUUUGCACCUUUCACCAAUUUUUUUGAAGUUCUAUGAAAGUUCUUGUAAGUUGACACAGUUUGAGUCAACUUUGGCGCCCCCUGUGGACAAAGUAGUCUUACCUUAUCAUGUCCUUUAAUGCUGAAGUGAUAUAUAUUUUUUAAACCCCAUCCUAGUGAUUUUGAUAGUCAAAUAUAUUGUUUAUCAUGAAUAAUUUAUCAGAAAAUUGAAAAAUAGGGUUGUUUUUCAGCUGCUCGACCGACACCCAUCCUUCGCACCAGUUUUAGGCAUAAAAAAUGAUGGAACACAAAAUGCCAAUCUUGCCCCUGAUGGCCACAUUUGCUUUUGGAUAUCCAAAUAAAAUAAAAUAAAGUAAGAUAAAAACAUUAAGAUAAAUUUUAGAAAUGUAAAGAAAACUCCUUGCAGGAGUUUUAAUUUUAAAUCACAUUUAGGGGGUUAUUUUAAUCUUGUUUGCUAGAUUAGUCCUCCAUCAAGUUCAACUUUAUGUAACUUAACAAAUAGCCUAUUUGAAGAAUGAUGAACUCUUCUUUAUUGUUUUUCAUGAACAGAUUAAACACUGAAUGAAAUUUUUUUAUGUUUUUUCAUAUUUAUCCAUCUCUUUGACUUUAAGGUUUCUGAAUAUUGUAAAUGUAGUUGUUUGCUUCAUUAGCCCUUUUAAAAGUUCAAGUUUAUGUAACUUCCUAAAUAGCCCCUUUAUGCAUCAGAAACUCUACAUGACAGCAAUAAAUGGAUCUUUUUUUAGAAUAGAUUAAAAGCUUUGCCUGUUUUGCACAUUUUAUCGUCGAGUAUUUCUCUCUAUUUGAACAUUUAGCAGACCGGGUUUAUUGUAACUGCAGUUGUUCGCUACAUGCCUCUGGCGCGCGUCCUCGCGGGUGUCGCGGUCCCGCGUCGCGCCUGUCUGCUUCCCAACCUUUCCCCCAGAUCGAGCGCGCUGCCGGGUUCACCGGGUUUACUCUGACACCGCUGACUCCCCGGCCACGCCUCCCUCAGCCACGCACCCUGCGUCGAACCAAUCGCGUCGCGACCACGUACUGAUCACGCACCGCCUCACCUCUGAUUGGCCGGAGUCCGCUACACCUAUGGCUGUGAUUGGCUGCGUGUUACCACCCGCCAGACUGCUCUGAAUUUUGUUUCUGUGUUUUUUUUCCUGUCUUUUUAUUUUUUUAUUCAGGCUCCACUCAGCUGAAGCAGUCUGCUGGCAGAGGCUCAGCGCUGAUUAUUGACUGCUCACACUCCCGCUGCUGUCUGAAGAUCUGCCGCACAUUCUCAACUCUUCUUCCUCCUCUUCCUCAUGCUCAGCUUCACGGCGGAGCGCUCCUGUCAGGUGAGUCCGCAGCCGUCCUCAAACCUCCCCGUUCAGCCGCUCGCUGCUGCUUUUCUCUUCUAAAGUUGUUGUUGUCGCUCUUAUUGUCACUAAUCGCUCACCUGCAACCUCAUAACAGCACGAGCUGCUCUAAGGUCAGCUCGUGAGGCUUUCAGUGCAGGGUUCAGGUGAGGUUGUUGACGCUGUUUUUUGUCUUAUUUUAGCGCUGUCUGCUGGUUUAUUUGAGGUCAUACUGAACCCACUGUCCCACUGUGUGUGUGUGAAUGUGUGUGUGUGUGUGUGUGUGUGUGAGUGUGUGUGUGUGUGUGUGUUCACAACAGUUGCAUCACUGCAGCGCAUCGCUGUAUCAUAAAGUUUAAAGAUGCUCUCAGACGGAUGCAGUCUGACCUGAUCUGCCUUGUUCUGGUGAAAGUUUUUUGCAGAUUUUCUGCAGCUUUUUUAAAAAAGAAUCAGAUUUCUCUUGGCUGUCUUUGUUGUUGGAUGAUUUCUGGCUGUGAUGAGUGAGGAGGCUGCGAGGUGUACAAGGUUUUUCUCGUAGCCGGAGCUGUUAAUGCACUAAUAUCACACUGCUGCACAUGAACUGUGUCACUGUAGACGAAUGAACUCAUAAAAUAUGAUGCUGGACUCGAAUGAAGAAUUAGGAUGUGUUAAAUGAUAUUAUUUAUUAUAAGCACGAACAAAAUGAUGAAUGGGAAAGUAUUAAAUCAAUUGCAAGCUUAUGUCUUUUUAUAUUUGCUGUAUAAAGUGGUUUUUAUGAUGAAUUUAUUGGGUUAAAAAAAUCAAAAUCUUGUGCCUUAAAUGUCUGAAAAAUCAAGAAGAAUACAUCUCAAAGCUCUAUAAAGCACAAAAACAGUCUGAGACUAAAAGAUAUUCAGUUAAUUCCUCUAUUCUGAUUAAAUUGUCUGUGUGUGUGUGUGUGUGUGUUUGACUAUCUCAAGAUAGUCAUAAAAGGUUGCUAAUUUUGUAUUGGCAUCAAUAUAGAAGAAAAAAAAGAAAAAGAUCCACUUAAUUUCUCACUUGUAAUUUAGCAAAAACAGCUAUAUUUUUAAUUUAAUUUUUAUUCUAACAACAAUGUAGGUCUUUUAAGUGUUUCUUAAUUAGUAUCUUUACCUGUAUACUCACUGGGAUUUUAUUGGCACCAUCUUAAAUGCAAAAACAAAAAGGAAUGUGAUUUAGCACUUGAGAAAAAUGUGCAAAAACAGCAACAUUUCAUUCAGAUUUUUGCUUAAACAAUAAGUCAGGUCUGCAAAAUGUUGCUCAAUCUGUUUCUGCAUGAAAAUUUUAAUGUCAGUGCUGUCAUUGAUUUUUUUUCUGCCAUUGAUUGAUCGAUUAAACUGAUUGAGGCUGCACCUUAAAAAACAGCAGCUGAGCCCAACAAAGAGGCAGCAGGGGGACAACACGACAACACCACAUUCGAAAUAAAAAACCCAAACUAAGUAACAAUAAAAGAGGCUGAAGAGGCGUCAGGUUCAAUCAUUAAAUCCUUUCUCGGCUGAUGUAAUCUAGGUGUUGUUUUGUUGUUUGUUGUCAGUGAACAGGUGUUUUAUUAAAAAUUAAAACAACAGAGCCACAGUCACGUUAAUGUAAGUGAUGAUAGAUGUCUCUGCAUUGUUUCCUGCUGCUGUGAUCUCAUUAUGUGUUGCUUUGUGAUGUGUUUGAGUGAUCUUAUGCGUGGGAAAUCACAGUGCCAGAGCAGAGUGCUUGUGUAUGAGACUGUGUGUGUGUGUGUGUGUGCUUGUGUUUGUUGCAACAGAUUGACUUUGUUUUGUCCAACUAUACUUCCUGUUUCUCUCUCUCUCUCUCUCUCUCUUCUUGGACAAGUCGGUGCAUGCUAAUAUGGGAGGAGGAGAAGAGGCGGAGCUUAUUUCAUUCGUUUUUUUUUUUUUUUUUUUCCUGGGGGUGUAAUAUCUGGCACGCCACCUCCCGUCAUCUAUUCUGGGUGCAGGGGAGGUUCCCCGUCGGCUGGGUGUACCCGCUGCAGUGGGGCCCCGCUCUCUCUCUUCCUCCUUCCCAUGCGCGCUCUCUCUCUUUCUAUUUAUCUAGGUCUCUUGGCCCUUGCUCGCCCUCCCUCCACCCUUCCUGUAUGUGCAGCUGAGCAGUUGCCAGAUGCCAGCCAACUUAGCCCAGCACCCUUUGUCCCCCCGUCACCUCCCACUUACUCUGGGCAGGGUGAAAUUUUUCACACUGCCAUCUUUUUUGUAAUUCUUAUAUUUUUUCCAUUCUAGUUUUUCUUACAUGGAGGUACAGUGGGAGAGGCAGGAGGAGGUGGGAAAACAGUGACAUCAUCUGUAAUUACAUAGAUGGAUGGUGUGUGCUUUUGUUCACAAAGACGAAGAAAAAAACUGCUGCUUGAGGACUGAAACAUUUUGCCUCCCCGCUAAUGUUUUGUUGUCAAGUCAAUCUGAUUUUCUUGAUGCUAAAAACUUUUUCAGACUUUUUUGUUAGAAGAAAUACACUGUCUACUGUGGCGCCAAUGUGGAUCUGCCAUUUGGUAUCCCUGCAGAUAUUCAUAGUUGCUAUGACAGGAAGAAGAUAGCGAUUUCCCUCAUUUGAACAAUUGUUUAAACAAUCUGUAAACUAAGCAGAACACAUUUGGGAUCCCGCUUGAUUUAAAGUUGGUUAAAAAAAAGAAGACAACAUUUCUGGACCAACUUCUUUGAUUUUAAUUUUUUAAACAGUGUCCCUUUGAAUUACCAGAAAAGAUCCAUUUGGGAUCCCAAUUGAUAUUUAAAAAAUUUGGUCAGUCAGGAAUCUUUAUCUUUGACAUUAAAGUAGGGACAUUUGAUUUAAGUGCAGUGUCAGUUAUAACCUUGAGGGGAAUUGCAGAAAACAUUUGGGAUCCCCAAUUGAAAUUAAAUUUGUGGCAAACAACCAUUUUACAUGGGAUAAAUGUAUAUUGCUGAAAAAGAUACUUAGAUGUUGUAGAGCAGAAGUAAAUUUCUCAAGUCACUGGGAAAGGGAACAAACAAUUUGGUAUCCCAUUUGUUUUGUGGAACAGCUGAAACUAAAGAUCAAUGAUAUAAUUUACUAACAAAUGCUUAAAACAGGACCACGGAUGGCUGAAAUCCCUUCACAUUUGGCAUCCCUUCAAUUUUUACAGAAUAAUAAGGAAAUUUUGUUUGGUAGCACAAACUUCAGUAAAAUGUGGACUUUUUUUUUUAAACAAUUUUCAACAACAGAGAGCACAAUUGGGAUCCCAAAUAGAAGAUGACUUUGUUUAUGUAAUUUUUAGCAAUUCAGACAUCUUGAACAUUAAGUCAAACCUAUUUUCAGACUGCAAAAUAACAAUAAAGGGAUUUUAUUAUACCACAGAACACAUUUGGCAUCCCAACAUGUGUAGAUUAACACCAAGUUCAAGUCUCCAGGUGGUUAUCAAGACACAUAAGAAAACAUAAAUCACAACUCCAGAAAGCAGAAAAUGAAAAAACAAUGAUACAUUUUGGAUCCCCUCAAUGAUUGUAAUAAAGAAAGCUUCUGCAUGUUUUAAACAACUUUUCCUAUGCACAUCUUUCACUACCCAUUUAAACUUUUUCCUGUACAUAAAACAACAACACGGAAACCAUCUUCUAUGACAGAAGUUCAAAAUUACAAGGAUACAUAAAAGAACACAUUUGGGAUCCAAAGUUCUUUUUUAAAAGAAAUUAAUAAUUUAAGAAUUUAAAGUGGUUUAUGGAUGCAGUAAAGCUAAAAUCAUAACCUCUCAAAGAUUAAUAUUCAAUCAUAGAGGACUCAUUUGGGAUCCCUAUUAAAAAGAGAGAUUUGGAUCUCAUUUAAAACCUGCACUUUUUGAUAACUACAAAUUUUUAAACAUUUUCUUGACAUUUUACAGGAUAUAGGGUGGAACACGUCCAAACCAAAGACAAAACCUUAAGCUGACCCAUUUAGGAUCCCUUUUGUUAUUAUAGAAGAAAGACACUUUAUUUUUUCUGUCUUUUGAAGAUAAAACACUAUAAAGUAAGAAAAUAUUUUUAAGUUUUAGUUAGCGGAUUGUAAAGAAACAGCAGAACACACUUGGGAUCCCAAAAGAUGAAGAUACUCCAUUUUUACUCCUCUCAGUUUCAUGGAGCAGUCAUGUGCUAUAGUAUUUUCUUUUACAGUGUUAGUGAAGAGGAUCAUAUUGAACCGUUCAUAUUCAUUGUGUAUGUCAGACCCUGCUGCACUAAUCAAAUAAAACCUGUAAUCUGACCUGUCUAAAAGCAAGGCCAUGAACUAGAUGGCAUAAAGCAAGGUUUAGUUUCCCUGUAACACCACAAAGCUUGAGUCAUGUAUCUUAAAGAAGUACAUUUAUAUAUGGAAACACUCCUGCGGUCUUAGGUUUUAUUAAUAUAGGGGGCAGAUGUUAUUAGAGGAAAAAACUGAUGAUGGCAAAAUGUUCUUCUAUAGAAACUUGAAAGAACAUAAUCAUUGCUCUUGAGACAUUUGGUAUCCUCCAUUCUUUAUAUUGUUAUUGUCAAUUACUCAUUUUUUUCAUAUUUGAAUACUUGAAAAUUAAUAAAACAAAUUAUAACAUAAAUCAACUUUCUUUAUGAUGAACAUCUUCUUACCUUUUGUCUCCCUCAGGUCGACAGUACCAACGUCCCGCCGGUGUCGACCAUGGAGCUAAAGCCGUGCAUUGAAUACCACGACCUGGAAGCUGCUGAGGCACUUGUCAGCAUGAGCUUCUGGGGCCAACGGUCACACAAGCCCCGUCCACUCACCCCCACUUCCGACUCCUGUGAUUCCAUCCAUCUCCAUCCAGACGGGGGCGACACUCCAAAAGACCUGAUUGCUCUGUCUUCACUGGUGAGAAACACGAAUGAAAUUUAACUAGAGCAAAAAAUUGGAAAUCUUUUCUGGAAAAUGUCUCAAAUCGUAAUUUGAAAAGCAGACUGUGAUUAUGGUAAUGAUUUACGAUUUUAGUGUAUAUUAUUAAUAUUAUAUAAUUUCCUUUGUUACAUGUAAAAUACAAUGCAUUUGCAACCUAAGCCAAUUUCUAUUCACCAAAGAUGCGAAUCAAAGACAAACUUAAAAUCCUACGUUUUUAUCUUUCCAUGAUCUUAAACUCUGAAAACUGUUUUUUAACCUGUCUAAGAAUAAAAUAAACUUAAACUGAUAUUUUGUUUUUCCUUCCUCAGUGUAUGACUCCUCCUCACAGUCCGAGCUUUGCCGAGGCUUCCACCACCACUGUCCUCACCACCACCUCUGUUCUAAGCCCCACCUCCAGACCACUCCCACCCCACCCUGGUCCUGCCUUCCUCAGUGACCCCCUGUCUUCCGGCACCUCAUCCACCUUCUCUUCAGAGAUCUCAGCACCUCAGUCAGAAUCAUCAUGUCUGGCUCAGCCCAGCAGGGCGAUGGCCACUAGCGUCAUCCGUCACACCGCUGACAGCCUCACGGCUCCUCUUCUUCCUCCUCCCCCUCCACUCUGCGCCUCCCCGCCCACACCUGGAGCUCCACAGACACCUCCAGAGGAAAAGGAUGGACCUCUUCCUUCUCCCGUCAGCCCAUCCUCCCUACCCCCCCCAGCGUCACCUCGUCACUCCUCCCCAUUGUCUUCCUCCUCUUCUUCCUCUCCAGUCUCCUCCUCCCCUGUCCUCUGUCAGGUGUUCCCCGUAAGCAGCCGGACAGGUAUGAUCUCUGCCUUCGUUCAGGCUCCGGUUCAGGUCCAGACUCAGGGGGGGCCCAAACCUAUCCUGCCCCAGUCUCCCUCCAGCUUUGCUCAGCCCCUGCUGGUGGGCUCCACUGUGCCGCAGGGGACUGUGAUGUUUGUGGUUCCCCAGCCACCAGUCUCCCAGGCAACGCAGGGUGCACAGACUGUCAUGACCUUGGGAAACACUAAGCUCCUCCCCCUGGCCCCUGCCCCAGUUUACAUGCCAACAGGAGCAAGCAGUGGCGCCUCACAGGCCGACUUCUCCCGCCGACGAAACUAUGUCUGCAACUUUCCCGGCUGCAAGAAAACUUACUUCAAGAGUUCCCACCUGAAGGCUCAUCUGCGCACGCACACAGGUGAGACAGUCUCUCUCUAGUGUCUCUCUACCCUAGUGUCACUUUAAUGGUGGUGAGACAACCCCCUGGAGGCUCGAUGGAGAACUGCAGGGGGGGCUAUGAUUUUCAACUCUUUUAUUUCAAACAUUCAUUAUCCAUUGAUGCUAAGGUUAUUUAGGAUGAAAUUUCAGUUUGGUUGCUUUUAUUGUAAGGUAGAUUUUCAGAUCAGGAGAGACCAAAAUAAAACAAUGGAUUAAAAUUAACAUGCAUUAGCUAUUAAGCUGAAAGCAUGGAGGCAGAAUAAGAAGUUACACAUUUAAACAGAUUUCACAACUUUCCUCUCAGCGUUUUUUGACUUGAACCAAACAUUUCUGCGGACAAAGCAACCUGACAGAUUUUGUUUUUUCAGGUGUCAUGAUCUCUGACUCGCUGACUCUUUUAACUUUACAAAGUUGACGUUUCAAGCUUUCAAACUCUAAAUGUGAAAGAAAAUCGUUUUGUGAUUUCGUGGUUUUCACGCUCACGUCCUCUUCCCCUCUUUCAUCGUCUGCAGGUGAAAAGCCGUUCAGCUGUCACUGGGAGGGCUGCGACAAAAAGUUUGCCCGCUCCGACGAGCUUUCCCGCCACCGCAGGACACACACUGGAGAGAAGAAGUUUGUCUGCAACGUGUGCGACCGCCGCUUCAUGCGCAGUGACCACCUGACCAAACACGCCCGGCGGCACAUGACCACCAAGAGGGCGUCUUCGUGGCCAGCAGAAACCCGAGACCUCAACAAAGUGGCUCUGCCAAAGGGCCAAAACAGAAGCCCUGCUCUCCCUGUGGGCAUGCUUGUCUCAACAGCCAACUAAUAGACUCAGUCAGGGGCCCUCAGGGGCCAGCUCAGGACCCGGGGCCGGGGCCCGCCAACACAAACUAACAGGUUAAACCAGCUGUUUCAAUCAGCUCCACAUCAGGAGAAACUUUUGACACUUCACACUCCGCCGGCUAAUUCUCACUGUGCUCUGGCUACGUUUACAUGAACAACAGGGUCAUUAAGAUGCAGAAAACUCUGAUUAACCAAAGAGCUGGUCAAGAUGGCCGCCUCACUUCAGAUGAGUUACUGUGGCAUUAAAAAAAGGGAACCGAAGAUCCUCCGGCUGUUUCUGGUUUAGCAAUGUUCUAUCAGACUUAUCAGGCAGUACUGUGAGCCAAAUGCUAAUAUUAGCAUGUUAGCAUGACAAUGUUGUUCACAUUACAAAAAGCACACAAAUAACCAAUAAGAGAAAUUGGGUCUAUGCUAACUUGCUAACAGCCUGUUAGCAUUUAAACACAGAUAAAGUCAGCAGGUCAGCUCUCAUUAGCAUGUUAGCAAAAAUUUGUUGACAUGCCAUUGAGAUAUGAACAACCACAAUGGUAGAAAAGCUCGAAGCUAGCAUUAGCACAAGCAUGUAAGUUCAAUGACUUUGUUAAAAUGCCAACAUGCAUAACAACUUGGAACUAUGGAUUAGCUCAGUUAGCACAUCCAAACACUUUCAUAUGAAAGUCUUAUAUUAGCUUGUUAGCAUGCUAAUAUGCCAGUUUUACGAUUUUAACAGUCUUACAGUUAGCAUCCUGAACAUGCUUAUGAUAGCGUUUAACUUCAAAAGCUUUUUUAGCGAUAGAGAUGUGGUGUCCUGAAUUGAUGUGAGAGUUUUGACCUGCUUGCGACACUGAAGGACCAGAAAUAAGUGAACCAAAUGUAGCCGUACUGAACUUAAGCGUCCUCUGAUUCUUCCCCUUUACAUUCGCCUGCAUUAGCAUUUAGCCUUCACUCCAUAUGUUUACAUAUUUACUGUGAACAAACUUUGAUUUCACUUGUUUACACUCUGUUCAUGGUAAUAGAUUUUCCAGCUUUUAUGAUGUUUUUUAAACAAUGCAGGGCACAACUUUUUAAUCUACAGUUGAGCUCUUUGGCGGCAGAUUUAGAGGGCCUAUUAAUGUCAGUAAGUGCCAUUUUACUUCCUCUUUUUUAAGAUUCAAACAGUGUUUAAAUGUUCUUCCAUCUUCAGCCCUUUAAGGUUUUAUACUCCAGUUUUCCUCCAUCAGUGCUGUUAUGAAUUUAGUCCAACCAUGCCACAGUACCUCAGGUGUUGAAAGGUGUUUGUACUAAUCAGAGUUUUGCUGUGACGAGGUAAUGUGAUGUAGACGGAGCCAGAGCCGCCGGCGGGCCGCAGAGCGAGUUUCCCGCCAUGCUCAGGACAUUUUAAUUCCCACAACCACAAACUCACCGGAGGACAAGGAGGCGACAGGCUGCUAUUCACCCACGGACAGAAAAAAACAAAAACCUGACAUUGCACUGGAUUUUUUAAAUAAAUCUUGCUCGUUUUUGUACUCUCUCUCCGUGUAUAAUCAUGUUUACUACAUGUGUAAAUGUCACGUUUAGAAAAAAAUGUAUGCACUCUUUUCAUUUUUUGCCAAAGCCUCUGUAUUGUGCUUCUAUUCUUAGCUAUAACUUCUGUUAAUUUGUCUGUGACUGUACAUACUGUACAUAGAUUGAUAUCUAUAUGAAUGUUACGUGUAUUCCAAUCUGCAUUUAUUGACAGUACGAGUUAUUGAUAUUUUAAAAAUGUCAGUGGACAGUAUUCCUCACUGUGAUACUACCUACUAUCUUUGCUUUACACAUUAUUAUUAUUAUUUAAUAAACAUUUGUUGAGGAAAAAGUGCUGUUUUUGAUAGCUUGAUUUGGCCCAUAGUGUAGCCAGUAAGAAAAUACCUCAUCUUAUUAAAUGUUAUUCUUAAUAAUAACAGCUUAUAUCGGAAUAAUCCCAUUUCUGAACAUUUGCCUGUAAGCGAUGGUGAAGAAUAUGGCUUUUAUAAUAAAACGUUACCAUGAAAAAAG